AUGGCCACUCGAUCCACCACAGAGCCUGAGCGAGCUGCUGCUGAAGCGGCUCGCGUACGAAAGGAGGAGAUCGCCGAGAUGAUCAACAAGGCCAUGGAGAAGGUUGACUGGUCAGAAGUCCUCCUAUGGGAGGAGAUGAUCAACGAUAACCAGAAGCUUGAAGAGUCGAUCACCACUCUUAAGGACAGCCUAGAGGCAUCUGACGAGAAGCACUCAACCAGAUUUGAUCAACUCAAGCACGUUAUUGAGGCUGACAAGGCUUCGCAGAAAGAGAUUAAUAACCAGCUUGUUCAGAUGAUGAACCUCCAAGGUCAAAUCUCUACCCUACUCACUGCAAAUAGGAUCAAGAAAACCAACCCAACCCGUGAAGAUGAUGCCUUCCUAUUCUCAACAAACCCCCAAGAGAAGCGUGUCAAGUCGGCAUGGAACGAAGCAGUGCUUCAGGAGGAAGCAGACACCUUCCAGAACACCUCAGAGAAGAACAAAGUUGUACUUCCUCCUGAACUUCGUCUCCAGUGA